UGGGGUGCAGCGGUGCCGGAGAGCAGGAGUGCUAGGGUGCAGCGGGCCCAGAGUGGAGGACGCUGGGGCGAGGUGUACUGCGAUGCUGAGUGGUGCGGUACCGGGGCUCAGGGGACUGUUUAGUGCGGUUUCUCUUUGGCGCGCGCCAUGGUGCCGAGUUGUACAAACAAAUACAAGGAGCAACGAGAGCAAUGAAAAGGCAUUCGAGGUGGGGGCGUGCUUCCCUCGGCAGCAGCGUGGGAGCUGCAUAGUGCUGGGCCUUGCACACAACCAACACAACCUCAUCUAUAGAAUAUGUGUGCCCUGGACAAGCCAGUGCCUUGGGCAGAACGUUUAUAUCUGAAGCUGCCUUGAAUUUACAGUGCUGCUCAAAGUCCCCGAGAAUCACCACAAAACGAAACCUCUGCUGCCUAGAAAAGGUGAGGCCUCAGAUACGGGCCAAACUCAGAGGGCUGUCUCAAGUCCGGGUCCCAUUACAGAGAAAGCCCCUCUGCAGCUCCUGAGCCCCGCGUUGGAAGAUCACGGUGAGUGCCUGGUGAUACCCAGAGAUCCACACUACAGACCUUCGGGACUGACUGGCAGGUCUGGCGAGAACUUGUCCGGACUCUCCCAUCCAGGAAGGCCCCGAGAACAUGAACCAGGUCACCUGGGCAGACACCGCGCUCAUGCACCACGAGCCGUCCUACUCUGGCCCUGACAUGGGAAGGGAGGCAGCAAUGCUGUGUCAUAGCCAGGCAAGGGCUGACCGCAGAAGCAUUGGGUUCUAGAAGGUUCUCCCAGCCAUGGCCGAGGGGGAGGUGAGGGGAGAGGGGGACAUGCUGACAGGAAAGGAUCGGAAGCUGCGUGGGGGAGAACGAAGACGUAGGCGCUCCGAGGCCGCACCCAGCGCUCCCUGCUCCCUCCGAUUACAGGUUACAAGCCAGCAGGCGACCGGCGAACCACCACCAUUAGGGAUGGAACGCAGAAUGGCUAUAGGCUAGCGGACUAGCCAAUCCCAAUGCAGCAUUCCAUGGCACGCGCUUGCUCGGGCCUCUCGUCCAAUCAGAACACGGCAGCCUCUAUAAAUACGGGUCGCUGAGGCCACCGCUCCGUGAGCGGUUCCCGGCAGUCGGGUGGUGGCCAGGUAUGGCUCGCACCAAGCAGACUGCUCGCAAGUCCACCGGCGGGAAAGCGCCUCGCAAGCAGCUGGCCACCAAAGUGGCCCGCAAGAGCGCCCCGGCUACCGGCGGCGUCAAGAAGCCGCACCGCUACCGGCCGGGCACCGUGGCGCUGCGCGAGAUCCGCCGCUACCAGAAGUCCACCGAGCUGCUGAUCCGCAAGCUGCCCUUCCAGCGCCUGGUCCGGGAGAUUGCGCAGGACUUCAAGACCGACCUGCGCUUCCAGGGCUCGGCCGUGGUGGCGCUGCAGGAGGCCUGCGAGGCCUACCUGGUGGGGCUGUUCGAGGACACCAACCUGUGCGCCAUCCACGCCAAGCGUGUCACCAUCAUGCCCAAAGACAUCCAGCUCGCGCGCCGGCUCCGCGGGGAGCGGGCCUAAGGCCUGGCAGAGGCCGUGGAGACUGCGUCUCUAUCGAACCAAAGGCUCUUUUCAGAGCCACCCAUCUUCUGUGAAAAAGUUGCUGUAAAAAUUUGGAGUUAUUCA